AUUGGUUACGGUUAUUUCCGAAGUCGAAGUCUUCGCGAACGUUCCCGGCUAUUUCCGGAAGGAACAGCAGACCACGAACGGAAGAAGUAAUUUACGUUUUCCAAGCAUUCAUUCUUACCUUGAGUACCGGUCAGUUAAACAUCCAGGAAAACUGUAUACAGUUAACAGUUACAUUACCAGUUUACUGUUCGUUAUUUAUAUUUUAAUAGCACAAAAUAGUGUUUCGGUUUUUUGUAAAGAUUUACCAGUACCGGUAUGUCUCUGCUGUGUUACAACAAAGGCUGCGGGCAACGUUUUGACCCAGACAAAAACCAAGAUGAUGGCUGUACAUACCAUCCCGGCAUUCCUGUGUUUCAUGAUGCUUUGAAGGGGUGGUCCUGCUGUAAACGGCGGACAACAGACUUCUCUGACUUCUUAAGUAUUGCGGGUUGCACUAAAGGUCAGCAUAGCAAUGAAAAACCUGAGCCUGUCAAACCAGAAGUUAAAAUAUCAUCAGAUAAAAAAGAUUUGGAAGACCUGAAACCAAAAUUUAACGAGUAUAUCAUCCAGGCAGCUAAACCUAUUGAUUCAAUAAUAAGACCAAGUCCAGAUGAACCUUUUGUAAGGCUACAGCAGAAAGUAUCAUCGUCACUUAAACAGGCUUUGGAAAAAUUCAAAUUGAGUGCUGAGAAUGGGCCAGAAAAGACUGAAGAAGAAAGCGAUGAAAUAAAAGUUGGAACCUUGUGUAAAAACGGAGGCUGUUUAAAGACCUUUAUUGGGCCAGAAAGCAAUGAGGAGACAUGCUGGUUUCACCCUGGUGUUCCUAUUUUUCAUGAAGGGAUGAAGUACUAUAGCUGCUGCAAAAGAAAAACCUCAGAUUUUAACACCUUUUUGGCUCAAGAAGGCUGUACAAGAGGAAACCAUUUAUGGAGAAAAAAAGAUUCUGGGAAGAAAGUUGUUCCCUGCAGAUUUGAUUGGCAUCAGACUGGAGGUCAAGUGAUUAUUACAAUCUAUGCCAAAAACUCGAUUCCAGAGCUGAGCUAUGUGGAUGCAAAUAGCUCUGUGCUAAAUAUACAUGUAAUAUUUGAAGGCGACAAGGAAUUUGAACAGAAAAUAAGCAUGUGGGGAGUUAUUGAUGUUAGCAAGAGCCAUCUCAACAUGACAGCCACUAAGAUUGAGAUCACCAUGAAGAAAUCUGAACCAAUUACCUGGGCCCGGCUUGACCUACCACCCCCGAAAGUGGAGGAAACAAAGAAAAAUGGUGAUGCUGAUGAGGGUUGCAAAGAAGAUUAACAAACUGCCUACAAAAUAUACAGGAUGUUUUAAAAGUCUGAAACCAUAGACUUACUUUUAUUGGACCUGGAAGAAAGGACUGACUUUUUUUACACAUGUGGAUGGACAGUGUUUUGAAUGUGUAAAUUACACCCUUUCUUGGUGUUUGGCCUGUGAUUCCAGACUUUGAAACACCCUGUAAUAAAAAUGUAUUCUUAGCUUGAGUGUACAGAAAUGACAGUGAUGUUUGUACUAUUACAGUGACUUAUUUUAAACCUAGAUUAUUGUCAUCAGCUUGUAAUUCUUCAUUUUCUUAAGAUACUUUGCUGAGCAUUUAAUCAGGACUUAAAACAUUUGUGCGAUGUCACCUUUUGAUUGAUUUAAUUCUACAAAUCUUACUAAAGUGUCUGUUUGGCUAAAAGUGGUGUGUGGGGCAGAUAAAUUGUUGAUUUAAUGAAUCCUCAGUGUGCUACAAAUUCACAAAAAAACUUGAUUCGAAACGAGUCAGAAAAAUUCAACAGAAAAGUGAAUACCAUUUUAUUACGCAGCAGUCAUUUCAACAGUUAGUUCAUUUAUAAUAUUACACAUUUCAGUUUAGCAUUUCAUAUUGUUUGCUAAAAGUAAUAAUUAUACAUAAACAAUGGGGGGGAAAAAACAUUUUUGUAAUUACAAAUUAUGAUAAAGCUUAUUUACAGUAUAACUUUGAACACAGUUCUGCGUUCCUAACACUGUCUUUGGAUAAAACACUCUCGACAACAAAGUAUGGUUUUAAAUAGGAUGGUACCUGUAUGUUUAUUUGUUCUGUGUUUCUUCCAGUGGGAACACGACUUCUUUUAACAAACAACUUUGUUUUAAUGUGAACCGUAUUCAGGUCUAUAAACUGGUCCUUACCUUCACACAGACAGCUAUUGUCUUUGAAACCUGCCCUUUUAUACUUUCUUGGCUUGUUCAAUUACAAACAGGUGCAUUACCUUAACUGAUUGCCAGUCAAUCUGUGUUCUUGGAUAGCUGUGGCAUUCUGGGAGAUUUUUUUUUUUUUUUUUUUUUUUACUAUUCAUUAACAGUAAAGAACUACAUUUUUCUUUCCAUGCACAUUUUGUAAUGCCUGCCUUCCAUUCAAGGGUAAAGACUGCAUUCUAUGCAGGGCCCUGUGUAUCUCCCUGCUACAGUUGUAUUCCCAUAUUGUACCAAAGAAGUUACAUGAUACAAAGCUCCAUCAAUAAGCAUUAGUUGUGUCUUGCUUGUCCUGUAAUAUAUAUUGUUGCUCUAUUUACACUUUGCAGCAUUGUAUGAAUUAAUUAUGGGUAAAAUGAAAAUGGUCCCCAUUUGAUUAUGCUGGGCAGUGGAAACACCUUGUGAAAAACUACACAGGUUUGGUAACAAAUCCUGCAGAAAAUCACUGCUUUCCUUGUGUGUUUAUUAUUCUGAUUUUGUUAUUCUGAGCUAAUUGGCUUACUGUAUUUAGAGCAUGGGGAAUGGUAGUGGAAUUGCAGUACUUUGUCUUCAGAUGAAGAAUCUGCAGAAACAUCCAUCUAACUGUAAAUGUAUAAUAUGACCUAGAUACACCUAUUAUAAUUUAACUUGUUUUUUAAAUAGUCUAUUCCUGCACAAUGCAUUUUUAGGGUAUUACCAGUAUAUAAUUGCUUAAAAGUACUGUUUGCCGUGCAUGCGGAAAUGUCCAGCUUUGUGCACUUUAAGACCCUGGAACAUCUGUUCCAUGCAUGUUUUUCCUUUCUAUUUCAGACGCAUUUAUUUUUCCUACAGCUGAUAAAAUAAAGUGUAAUUAUAUUCUG